AUACGUGGGAAAGCUGUCAAGUGCUCUCGCGAUCCAGAGUUGCUUAAGUCAGCUGACGCCAGGAUGCAAUUGCUCGUCGCUCAUCAACUCUAACGAGAUCGCUCGUGCAAUCGUGUAGAAGAUCGUUGGUACGAAGUGCUUCGUUUCUUUCUUCGCAAAUCAAGUUGGUGGUUGAAGAGUUUGUCUACAUUUAUACAACGUCUCUAGAGCAAUAAGGAUCAUCAUGCCUCUCAGUGCAGAUAUAUCUACAGCGCUUCAUUUAUUGGAGCAUGUUCAAGAACGUGUGGAGGAUUGCGAUGAUCCCAAACUGCAGAUGCACACAUCUCAAGAUCUGAAGUCGUUGAUUUCGUUACUGGAGGAUCCAGUGUUUCGCAGCAUAGUCACCAUUCAGGAUUCCUUGCUUGAACUGAACAGCCAGUUGCUGAUUCAUCCCUCUAUUGUGCCCGGUGACUUUGACAUCAACGUCAGCGGGCAGCUAGAACUAUCAACUCCCAGCUCAAGUACUCAGGGAGUAGGACAAAAUAUAUUCCAAGAUUAUCAAGAUAGCAGCGACUUGGAAGAUCAAAGAGUACCAGUUGCUCCUUUAAUGCAUGGCAGCAGCAGCGAAGAUACAAGUGCACAGGUGACCAGUCCCAGUCUCGUCUCAGAAGUAAUGGGAAUGCCGCCAAUAACCACUUCCACUUACGCAAAGGAGUUUAAAAAGGUCAUUGAAGCUGCGGCAAAAGGACGACAGAUAUUUACGGUGCAGCUGUACAGACCGGAAGGAACCAGUCUGGGAUUCAGCGUGGUUGGCCUUCGCAACGAGAAUAAAGGCGAGCUCGGCAUAUUCUUACAGGAGAUACACGCGAACGGCAUCGCAAGCUGCGACGGACGACUGCUAGAGGGGGAUCAGAUAUUGGCGAUCGAUGGGCAACCGCUAGAUUCGAAUGUCUCCCAUGAGCAGGCGAUCGCAAUUCUUCAGAAGGCACGUGGUCUGGUUGAGCUAGUCAUCGCGAGAAGCGCCCAAGACGUUGGGAGCUCUUUGCCAACGGAUGAAUUGUCCGGCGGUUCGAGUUCGACAGCGGCCGCAGGAGCAGCGUCGUCCAUCGUCGGCGCCGCUGCUGGGAACAACCAGACAAGCUCCGACAAGGAUCAAUCGGUGUCAGUGUCGUCCACCGUCGUUACACCGGCACCGACCCCGAAGUCAAGCCAACCGGCGAGCACCACUUCGGCGGCGACCCCGACGCCCACGCAUACGCCAACACCCACGCCGACCUCGACACCGGUACCUGGUGGCCUUGUCAUCGAAAGGAGCCCCUCCGCCGUCAGCGACGCCUCCAAGAGUGGCUCUGACAUGGUGUUGAAUACGGAAUGGGCUCAAGUUGAAGUAAUUAAUCUCAUCAAUGAUGGCAGCGGUCUCGGAUUCGGCAUCAUCGGCGGCCGCAGCACCGGCGUCGUUGUUAAAACAAUUCUUCCGGGAGGAGUUGCCGAUCGGGAUAAUCGACUUCAGAGCGGAGAUCACAUAUUGCAGAUCGGCGAUGUCAAUCUACGCGGGAUGGGAAGCGAACAAGUUGCCGCGGUUUUACGGCAAUCGGGCACCCACGUGCGGCUCGUUGUCGCGCGACCUGUGGAGCCAACUUCGCCGGAUUAUCAGGCGCUCGGCAGUCAUGCCCCGAUCGUUCCGACGAAAAUUCUGGGAGAUCCCGACGAGCUGGACAGACAUCUGGUGCACAGCGUCUCUGCGGAGAACUACAACAUGCGACAUGUGCAGGGCGGCGACACGAGCUACGACAACGGCUACAUGUACUCGCAGGAGUCAGACAUUGAAAUGCACGCAAGACCCGGUCUCAUCAUGGACGUGGUACGCAACCCAAUGCCAAUUGGCACGAUGCCAGUUAUACCGGCGGUGCCACUUCCGGUGCAGCUCCAGGAUCUGCCGGUGCUCACGAUGGAGGCCCUCGACAUCAAUUCACUGCCAGAAAUGGAGCGCUUCACGGUCGCGCUUACGAAGGACAUCUACGGUCUCGGCAUUACCAUCGCCGGUUACGUCUGCGAGAAAGAAGAACUUUCCGGCAUCUUCGUUAAGAGCAUCAGCGAGGGUAGCGCAGCCGACUUGAGCGGUAAGAUUCAAAUAAACGAUCGCAUAGUGGAAGUGGACGGUCACUCCCUGCAGGGCUACACCAAUCACGAGGCUGUUGAGGUGUUAAGACGUACCGGGCAAACGGUAACUCUUUGCUUGGAGCGAUAUCUACGUGGACCAAAGUUCGAACAGCUACAACAAGCAAUCGCCGCGAGCGAGUCUACCUCAGCCUUGAGACUACCUCAGCCGAGUUCCCCGUCGAUAACGAGCCUACCUAGUUUCCCCAUGAGCGCGCAGGAUGGCGAGACCACCACCGAAAUAGAGCCAGAAGGCGAAUCGCACACUACCGUGGACAGCGCGAUACUGCAAGAAGGCGAGCGUGUAAGAUCGUCGGACGAACAGGAUGACGCGGCCAACGUCGAGGCUCUAUUGAGCGACCCGUCGACCGAGCUAACGCCUCAAAUUCGCGCGGCUAUUAAAGCUAAGUGGCAGAAGAUCGUCGGACCCGAUAGAGAGAUAGUGGUCGCCCAACUGAAGAAGUUCGCCGAAGGCAGCGGUCUCGGAAUCAGUUUGGAGGGAACAGUCGACGUGGAGAACGGGCAGGAAGUACGGCCUCAUCAUUAUAUACGCGCCGUAUUGCCGGAGGGUCCUGUCGGACAGAACGGCACCCUGCGUUCCGGCGACGAGCUGCUAGAGGUGAACGGCUAUCGUUUAUUGGGUAUCAAUCAUAUGGAGGUGGUUAGCGUGUUGAAAGAGUUGCCUAUACACGUUCGUAUGGUUUGCGGAAGAAGGAUCGCUUCCCAAGAUCCACUCUGUCCCAUCGACACCGCUCAACAUCAGGCCGCUUUUCAGACUAGAAGUAUUCUCGGCGGGUCUCUGCAGAACUUGUUGCCCACAAUGGAUCGCCUCGUGAAGGCGAAGUCGGACGGUUCCUUGGCUUCGACGACGACCACGGCCACAGUAACCGACGCGAGUCUAAAUAAGAUGAAGUCGCGCUCGUUAGAACCGCUUACCGGACUGGCGAUGUGGAGUUCCGAGCCGCAAAUUAUCGAAUUGGUUAAAGGAGAGAGGGGCCUUGGGUUCUCCAUUUUGGAUUAUCAGGAUCCAAUGAACCCCAACGAAACUGUGAUAGUAAUACGAUCGCUCGUGCCCGGAGGGGUGGCACAGGUUGACGGGCAGUUAAUACCGGGCGAUCGGCUUCUGUUUGUGAAUGACAUCGCAUUAGAGAACGCAACACUGGACGAGGCCGUGCAGGCGCUCAAAGGCGCCCCGAAGGGAACGGUUCGCAUCGGCGUGGCCAAACCGCUGCCAAUACCAGACAGUAUUGUCCAGCAGAAGAUGACGCCCAAGAUCAAACGAAGCAAAAGUUUUCCAAACGAGAGCGAGACGACCGAUCGCGUUACCGAGCUCGAGGACUUGCUCUCUUCGAGAUCAGGAUUCAGUGAAACAUCGACGAACAAACCGGAAAUCGACGAGGACGAGGAAGACGAUUGGAAGGAUGCGUCUCCGAUUACGCCGAUCUGCAGUCCCGCGCGUCGACCUCCCAGGCUUCAUCAUCGGGACAAACGGUCACCGACCAGAUACGUCGACGUCGACAACGACGUCGAGAUCAUUCACGAGUUCUAUCCGACCACGUCCAAGACGAUGCACGAGGAGACGAGCAUCGUGUCGUACGGUGGCACGAUAAUCGUCGAAACGACGAGGAUACCCAGACACACGAAGGACGCGACAACGAGAAUGGAGAGGGUGGCGCCGAAGGUGAAAUUAAAGAAGCAAUCGUCGUCCACGGAGGUGGAUCGCGUGCCUCCCGUGCAGGAGGAACCGUCGUCCAGCGCGGAAGAAGUGUCCAAGGUCACGACGAAAUCGUUGCGAAAAUCAAGGGAGGAACGCCGGAAGACUUUGAAACGCCACAGCAGCGCGGAAUCCGAAGGACGUACGUCCACGUCGAGGGAAACGCUCGAGAGGUCGGACACGUCGUCGGAAAAGGGCGCCAAGAAGAAGAUCCUCGCGCUGAAGGAAGAUACGUCCAGACGGAAACUGGAGUCGCUGGGAGACGAGGAGAUCAGGAGAAAGGCUGAGGACAGUUAUCGGCGAUCGAGGGAGGAGAGAAAGAGUUUGAAAGAACAAGAGUGUAUCGAGAGGGUGACGGAGUUCUUGACGAGACACGGUAUUCUCACUGUUCCUACUUAUCCCGACAAGAGUCUCGAAGCGGCGGAAUCUCUCGUUCCUGAAAGACACGAGGACGAACAACCGGAACAACAAUUGAGACGACCAUCGGCCGUUAACAAAGAAGAAGAGACUCCCUCAAUCGAUACGACGCUCGUCGCGUUCGCGAAGAGGAGGGAGAGUUUGAAGAAAGUGCCUGAAGUGGUGCAGGAGGCGACGGAUUCUCUGACGGAUUUGAAAGUCACCGCGAAGGACGCCAGGAGACUUUCGGAGAGCAAAAAGCAACGACCGAUCUUGGAACGAGCCUCGGCAGCCAUUUCGGAUGUUCAACAACCCGAAGCGACGAUUCAAGAACCGGCAAAACGACCCAGCUCGUUGAGAAAGAGGAGAGAUUCCUUUUCGCGAGAAUCCUCGAGGGAAUCGCUGUUAGAGGAGAAAAAGGAAGUUAGGAUUCAGGAGGACGUUCAGGAGAUCUUCUUCGAGGACACGAGCGAGCAGAUAACCGAACUCUUGCCGGAAGUCCAGUUGGUGAAAGCCAGGAUCAUUACGGCGGAGGAGGCGACCGCGCUACGAUCCGAGGAGACGGUCACCAAAAUCGAGAUCCACUCGCCGCCGGAAGUGGUCGUGGGCCACGAGACGGUCAAGCCGAAGUUGAUGCGAGCCCCGUCGCCGGAAAUCGUCUCGUCGUUGCAACUGCCCUCGUUGGCGAAGUCGACGUCCGAGAGCACUUUGAUGAAGGACAAGCCCGAGUCCGGCGAGGAUCAGAAGGUAUCCGUGAGAAACCUAAAGCCCGAGAUUCUUCUGGACUUGUCGAAAGUCACCGACAACAGCGAGGAUAGCGAGGUGACGCCCGAAGACGACAGGGAUCGUCACAAAGAGAGGCGAUUCAGCAGAACCGGAAGCGAAGGUUCGAAGAGAUUGAUCAAGAUCCAGAAGGAGGAACAAUUUCCCUUCAAAGUCAGCAGCCUCGCGAUCCCGGACAGACCGGAACUGACGGUUCUGCGUGACGGGGACACGACGAGAACGACGGAGGAAGCGAGAGCGGACGAUGAAAUUUCGAGAUCUCGACGCGAGGAAUACGUCGACGCGCCGAGGGAUUCUUCGAUUUCACCGAGCGAAGUUGCCGAUCGCGCGGCACAGGAUCGACGCGAGGAACAAAAGGAGGAUCGCGACACCUCCGAUCGGACUCCUUCGCGCGAAAAACCCUCGCCGUUGUCGGAGGAAGUGACUCGUAGAUACGAAGAGGACAGUUUGAUCUGCAAGGAGCAUUCUCUCGAGUAUCAGAGCCAGACGCUCGAGAGCCAAUCGGAUCAUCUGUUCCACGAGGCGAUCACUCCUUCGCUUCUGGAGGAUCUGUCGGAGGCUCAGGAGACUUACGACGAAAGCAUCUCGGAGGUCGAACGCAGCUUCAAGGAGACUCAUUCCCAGUACUCGCCUAAGGAGAAGCGCGACGUACAGACGCAGACUGUGCAGGAGUCGAAGAGCACGCAGUGCAGUCCCGAGCAGAGUGUAACGAGUCCCUGCGAGGAACCGUUGUCUGCUAUCAGUCCGUUCCGCGUCGGCCAGAAGUACUUCCAGAGCCCAAAGCGGGAAGUGCAAACGCAGACGCAGGACGAGAACAAGAGUGUUCAGUGCUCGCUCGAAGACUUUGGUGAUCUCGCGAGAAGCGACGAUCGAUCGCAGGAGUCGAAGAGCGUUCAGUGCAUCCCGGAGGACAUAUCCGCGAGAUCGUCAUCCGACAGAUCGAGAUCUUCCUCGCGGGAGGACGCACUGCGCAGUCCGCGACGAGAAGUCGAGGUACAGACCUAUCAGGAGUCAAAAGCGAUCCAAUGCAGCGACGACGAGCUGCUGCUCGAGGCUGAUCAAGCGAGCAUCGAUCGUCCGGAGUAUUCGUUUCAGAGCAGACCGACGAGCUCGACGUCCAGGAAGACCGAGAGCUCGCCCUCGUCGAUCUCGCCGAGUUCGCCGCGGAAGUUUCCGACAGUCGUCUUCGUGGAGCGCAGAGGGGACAUGACCGUCACGCACAGAAAUCACGAUGGCGAUGUCACCUGGUCCAAGCACUGGGGCCCGGAGAGAUUGGUGGAGAUAUACAGAGAGCCGAGGACCAGCCUAGGGCUCAGCAUCGUCGGCGGAAAGGUCGAUCUGCACAACGGCGGCUCCAGCAAGUCCUCCCAGAAUAUUUCCGGGAUAUUCAUCAAGAAUGUUCUGCCGAACAGUCCGGCCGGCAGAACCGGCGGUCUCAAGAUUGGAGAUAGAAUAAUUGAGGUGGACGGUGUGGACCUGCGACACAGCACGCACGAGCGUGCAGUGGAGGUUAUUCAAGCCGCCGGAAAUCCCGUCUGCCUUGUCGUCCAGUCCUUGGUGCAUGUGAGCCCGGAGCACGGCGGCAGCGCGUUCCAAGAGGAAAGAGACACCAAAGGUCGGAAACAGGCUGUCAAGAGUCAUACGUCGUCGUCUUCUUCCGGCCUCAGCCCCGGCACGCCGACUGCCUCCUUUCGUCGCAAACCGUCGCCGGUUUCGCCAGCGAGGUCCAUCACACCAGAAGUGAUACAGCCAGGAUUCGGGGACGUUCGGGAAAGCUACCCACGUGGAGAAUCUCAGAGACAGAGUGCAGAUGGAUCAGCUUCCAACGCGCGAAGAUCCUCCAUGAAGAAGUCAAUUCGCAAGACGGCUCCGUCGCCGCCCGUGAACCCUCCGGGUAUUCUUCGCGAGGUGAGCGAGGAACGAGAGGAUCGCGCGGCGAAAUCCGAUGAGAAACCCAAGUACCACAGCGAGAGCUCGAGCGAUGACGAGGAGGACACCCGCAUGCUGGAGGGAAAUGUCUACACGAAGGGCGGCAUCGAGAUUUCGAGAAAGAGCGCUGGAAACGUGAGACGGACGAAGGAGGAAAUUGAAGCUGAUCCGGAAGAAGAGGACGAGUACGGAUAUACUGCCAUGAAGAUACAGAAAAGAUAUCACAAUCUCGGACACAAAGUGCUGAUGGUGGUUCUCGAAAAGGACAGAUCGGGACUGGGCAUUUCUCUGGCGGGGCAUAAGGAUCGAAACCGAAUGGCCGUGUUUAUCUGCGGCCUGAAUCCGAAGGGUGUAGCGUACAAGAACGGCAAGCUUGCUAUCGGCGACGAGAUAUUGGAAAUAAACGGCUCUAUGCUGCAAGGACGAUGUCACUUAAACGCCUCCGCUCUAAUCAAAGGCAUGGCCGGCACUUGCUUCAAGAUCAUUGUUUAUCGGAGAUCGAAGGCUGUCGAUGACAUUGCUGUAAAGCCGAUAGUUCAAUUUCCACCGACCUUGGAUGACGUUUUCAAAGAAGCUUUCAGCAAGUACAAGGGAGUCCGCGAGGUGCAAGUGAAAAAGUCUCAAUACGGCCUGGGGAUAAUGAUUAUCGAGGGAAAGCACUUGGCCGUGGGACAAGGUAUCUUUGUGUCUGACAUUCAGGAGGGCAGUGCCGCCGAACAGGCUGGAUUGCAAAUAGGAGACAUGAUCCUGGCCGUAAACCUGGAUAGCUUACUAGGCCGUACGUACGAUGAGGCGACGGAGUUGUUGAAGAAAGCGGAGGGCGUCGUCAAGCUUACGGUGUGCAAUCCCAACGAAAACAGAACGGAGGAACAGGCGAAAGGAGGAAAGGACGAGAAAGCCGUUUCUCCGGCGCCAAAACCAAAAGAACCCGAGAAGCCUAAGGAGCAACUGGAUCCGAAGACUUGCAGUAUACCAGUCGGUCAAGAAGUGACGAUAGAGUUUCAGAGGGAGAAGAACCAAAUUAUGGGUAUUUACAUCGUUGGUGGUACUGACACGCCUUCGAACGGCGUGUUCGUUUUGGAUUUAUUCCCCGAUGGCGCGGCCAUGAAGGACGGCCGGUUGCAGCUCGGCGAUCAGAUACUCAGCAUAAACAGCGUGAUGUUCAAGGAGAUGGAAUACAUUAAAGCUCGCGAAACGAUUCUGAAGCAACCCGCCGGACCUAUCAUAAUGUCGGUGUUGCGCCAUGAGAAACCGGCCGAGGAAUACGAGGUCGAGAUACAGAAAAAGAGCGGCAGAGGAGCCGGUAUUUGUUUCGCCGCGUUCAGAAGCGGCAAAGGAGCCUACGUGAGCGAGUUGACGCCAGGCGGACCGGCCAUCGAAACCGGUAAGAUACUCAGAGGCGAUCAUCUUCUAGCGAUCAGCGGAUUGGACGUUCGCGAGGUUUCCUUGGACGACAUCGCUUUUCACAUGAAAAUAUCCAAUCCGUUGCAACUGAAGCUGGCUAGGUACAAGUCCGCCAAACAAUGACAGGGUUCUGCGGGCGGAACUCACAACGCGUAUUCCGAUGUACGAAGAAACACUUACAGACAUCACGGAUUCUAGUGUGAUACAUAGGGCAAAAUAAUGUCUUAAUAAUCCUUAAGUACCUUGUUACGAGAGCAGCGCGUGAAAAAUCCGCGCGACUCGAUCUAACAGUUAUUACACGCCAGCGUCGCCAAUCGAUCUUGCCGUUCGAAACUCGCGUGCGCGAGAAAAGCACGAGGCGACGGUGAAAGAGCGAGAUGGGAGUAAUAGAGAGCUGGAUUAUACAAAGCGCGCGCGAUAAAAUACUCGCAGCGGUAUAUCAAUUUGAUCGAAAAAACCGGAUGGACGAAAAAGAAGAAAAACGAGAAGAAGAAGAAGAAGAAGAUAGGAAAAGCAUUUCGUAGACAAUUUAGAGGAAAAAAAAACCUAAAAUCGUUGCCGAUUGCUAGGGAGGUGUAGAUGAUUGAGCUUUCGUCAAUAGGAAUGUUUUUCGACGCGAAUCGAUCGGUCGUCGAUCGAAAAACUGCGUGUAAAACGAUUCCGUCUGCCGAUAUUCGCUCUCGUGCAAACUAGCAGGGAUUACACACACACACACAUACACACUCACACACACAGCGUCUCUUAAACACACGUGCGUAUUACUGUAAUUACAUACUUAGCGAUACGGUAAUACGUUUAAUUACCGUCUAAUAAUAACGACGAACGUAGAAAAAGAAAAUCGAUAAUAAAUCGGCGAAUUAUCGGCACGAUCGAGAAGGAAGAGAUCGCAGAUCGAUUCGCUUCUCUCGGUCUCGCUAAAAAAAAAAA